AUCCCGAUCUCAGUAAUAGCCUCCAGUCUCCCUCAGUUUGCCGUAAAACCCUAGCACAGCAGCGAUGGUGUCGUUGAAACUCCAGAAGCGACUCGCCGCUAGCGUCCUCAAAUGCGGACGUGGCAAGGUUUGGCUCGACCCCAAUGAAAUCAACGAAAUCUCAUUGGCCAAUUCAAGGCAAAAUAUCAGGAAGCUUGUGAAGGAUGGGUUUGUCAUCCGGAAACCAACCAAGAUCCACUCCCGUUCUCGUGCUCGGAGAAUGGCAGAGGCCAAGAGGAAGGGACGUCACUCUGGAUAUGGUAAGCGUAAGGGUACCAGGGAGGCAAGGCUGCCCACUAAGAUACUCUGGAUGAGGAGGAUGAGGGUGCUGAGGCGCUUGCUCCGUAAGUACCGAGAGGCCAAGAAAAUCGACAAGCACAUGUACCAUGACAUGUACAUGAAGGUGAAGGGUAAUGUUUUUAAGAACAAGCGUGUGCUGAUGGAGAGUAUUCACAAGUCUAAGGCGGAGAAGGCCAGAGAGAAAACUCUUGCCGACCAGUUUGAAUCCAAGCGUGCUAAAAACAAAGCUAGCAGAGAGAGGAAGAUGGCUCGCAGGGAGGAACGUUUGGCACAAGGACCUGGAGAGAGGGCACCCGCUGCACCUGCUGCAGCACCUAAAGCUGUACGCCGCGUCAUCUAGACCUGCACCUGCCAACCAUCUGCGGGAUGAGUGAUGGACCUUGGCAGUGAGAGGACUGAAGACAAAUAACUCUAUGUUAAUGUGCUUAAUCUCAAGUCUACAUAGAAGUUAUAUUUUUUGAGCUACUACUCUAGUUCUGAUGUUGCAAAGUUUUUAGUCCAAACUUUGGAACUAGAUGGGUUGCAGAGUUUCUUUCAUGUUGAAUGAUAUGUGUUUGUGACUUUGGCAAACAUCAAACUAUUCAUAUUUAAAUGUACGAUUUUAGGAAGUGAAAA